AUGGCGAACCCACCGGCACACGGAAUUGCGAGCAACUGCGUCCUCAACGACGCGGCCGCCAGCCCCACCGCCUCCCCUUGCUACAGCACCGGCGCCAUGCCGCAAGAGCAGUCGAAGAUGCUAGCCGGGAUGCUGGCGAAGCUGCCGGAGCUUGACCUGGGCGAGAUGUCGCGCGUGAAGAGCUGCUUCUCUGCCGUGCUGGGCGAGGGACGCGAGAACAUCGUCAACGCUCUGGAGCUGCGCGUGGUGCUCGGCGAGCUCGGCCUCUAUCCGAGCGAGACGGAGCUCAACCUCAUCCUCCGCGCCUACCGUGACCGCGUCAACCUCAUUACGCUGACGCAGUACCUGCGGCUGUAUAAGAAGGAGUUCUGGGUCAAUCACGCCGCGGCGGUGGCGGCGGCAGCACCAGCAGCGGCGGGCGGAGCCGGCGCUGCACACAGCGCGUCACUGUCUGCCGCUCCGCACUCUUAUAAAGUGUUCAGUGGAAGUCAUUCCAUGGUCGCGGCGCGAGCGGGGACCUUCGGCGUUAGCGGUGGCAAGGACGAGGACACGUUGAAGGCCUUCGUCGCCCUUGGCGGUGAGGAAGACGGCAGCGGCGAGAUCCUCGCGUCGACGCUGCGCGACGCCAUCUGCGGCUUCGGGCUCACGAUCGACAUCGACUCGAUGAUUCGCACCGUCGACGUGCACAACUCGGGCGUGCUGGACUACGUUGACUUCUGCGCCUUAUGGUCACAGCCGACCAGCACAUCCUCCGAGUCCGGCGAGGCCGGCGGCGCGGGAGUGCCCAUGGGGGAGGCACUGCUACGCGGAUCGGUCGACAACGCUGGGCUCGACGCCUACCGCCGUCGCUCGUCACACGGAAGCGCAAUGAGCGACACCCACCAGCGGCUCAUGUCCUUGCUGGCCGCCACGCCGCGACUCACCAGUCCUGCAGGUGGCGUGCUGCGCCGUCGAUCACAGAUGAUGACGCAGGUACCGGAGCAGACCAGCACGUCGCCCCGCACACGCCGUUGCUCGCCGGGUGGCACUCAAUUUUCUCAGAACACGAACGGCCGUGUCACGACCGCGGCAUACGGCCCGCUGACGGGCGGCACCGGUAAUGGCCACGGCUCUGAUGGCGCGACGGCGUUUAACUCGAUUCUCACGCCGCCGCCGACGUCUAUCACGGACGAGGAGCACAUGAUCCUCGUGGAGAUGUACCUGUUCCCGGAAAAAUACAAAGCAAUGGGGCGGGCACUGCGCUUCGCUGCAGCCUCCGGCAGCGGCUCACUGGUUCACGGCGCGGCGGGCCGUGAGGCAGCGCUGCACCCCAGCUCCUUGUAUCAGAAGCGUCUCUCGCACCCGAGCGUGAGUGGCUCGCGCAGUCGCAGCCGCCGCCAGGCACGCGGUUUGGGCAACACCAGCGGCGGCGCCUCCGCCAUCCGUGCCGUCAGCCAUACCGCAGGGCGGAGGGGCAAGAGCGGUUUUGCUGGCGGCGCGGACGGCGGCAACGCCGCCGCUGACUUUUUUCCGCCGAAGUCCAGCAACGUCUACCGCCCGCCGAGCCCGAUGAUCCUGUCGAUGCGCAACAGUACCGUCUAUCGCAACCGGCUGAAGCGGCUCGAGGAGCAGAAGCGGGUGCGCAAGGGGUGGAAGCCGCCAGCGGGGGCAGCGGCAACGCAGCAGCUGCAGCAUCGAAUCUCGUACGCUGCCACCGCCACGCGCGGCGGUGGCGAUGGUCCGGGUGACAUGGAGCACAUGUCCUCCACGCCUCCGCCAAAGACAUCGACGUGGUAG